AUGGAGUUACAAUAGGAAGUAAAUCUCGUGUUAAUUAUACAUGUAAGUUUUAAGAAGUGUAAGUAUGAUAUCAACUUUACAACGAUGUGGCUCUGGACUUUUAUGCUUAACCACUUAAAAUAUUUAAGUGCAUAUAACAUGGGAUCGAGUUCAUCCAAGGGAAGCCGUUCGUCAUCGGUGGCAUCAGCUGUUACCAAAACAGUACAAAAAGCGGUUUUGAGAAAGCCAAAGAAACCACCAGCAGGCACAAUCGCAGCGGAUGGAACACCAAUACCAGUCCCUCCCGUCAAUGAUAAAGCUGUUAUAUUGCAAGGCAUCAACUUUGAUGUGCUGGAUGAGAUAGCACUGCAUGCCCCUCUCGAUAUAUUACUGGGGACAUUCUGGGACGUUGUGGAAUAUCUUGUGAUAACACCAGAAGGAGAAGUAUUGGAUGAUUUAUCAAAGGCAAGAAUGUUUUUCCGUUGGAUAACGUCGUUUGAUGUUUACACAAUUGACACGGAAAUUAUCCCCCCUGAGGAGUCACCUCUUGAAUACUUUAUGAAGAUCCAGUACGACCUUGGUGACCACGCGCAUAUGUUUUACAGUCUAUGCAAAAUGGCUGAUAUUCCAUGUGUGGUCAUAGAUGGGAUGAGUAAAGGAGGAGGCUACGAAAUAGGCGAGGCAGUGGACAGGGACAAAAUGCAGGGCAAAUGGAAUGCGGUCUUGGUGUCAGGAGAAUGGCGACUUAUCGACACGUUCUGGGCAAAAGUAGCAGCACCGCAACAGUCUUCAGGAAUCAUAUAUGUCGAUUCUAAAGGCAAGGUUACCCGGGAGACAGAGGACAAGAACUUGGAAUUUUCUGUGAACGAAUUCUUUUUUUUGUGUGACCCUGAUCAUAUGAUUUACACGCAUUUCCCGGAUAACAAAGACUGGCAAUUGCUGGAUGAACCCAUAGAUGCGAGUGAAUUUGAACGGAAUGCUUAUGUAAGGGAACAAUACCAUAAUUUGGGGUUGAUCAUUCCGCAAGAUUCCAUACAAAAGAACUGUGUUAUCAAAACUCAAGAUGAUGCGAUAAAAAUAGUGCUUAACAUUCCGGAAGAAAAUGCUCAUAGCGUAAAAUUCAAAUACGCUUUGUUGCAAACAAGGAAACAAGUUGAAACAGAAAAGGAAGUUGAUAUAGUUUUUGAACGAUUUGUCCGAAUGGACCAUAGAACUAACAUGUUGAAAUUAAAAUUGCGAUUCCCAAUUACUGGCAGGUUCAUGUUUGACAUUUACGCAGCUGACUCGUGGAUUUCAUCCAGGUAUGAACUAGUUUGUACAUACAUCAUUCACGUUUCGAAGAAAACGAAGAAUCAUCAACCUUUCCCUGAUUGCCCUUUGCUCGGUUGGGGUCCAAAUCCAUUUUCUGGUACAGCUGGCCUGGUGCCUUUGAUACCAGAAGAAACCUCUAUUCGAACCGCUGACGGAAUUUGUCAAAUCUGUGUUUCUCGGCGGGGUAUCCUUGAUAUCAAUCAUGCUUUGAGGAAUAUUCUUAUGGACGAGGCGGUACUCACUAAGCAUGCAAUAGGAAUACUUGAGGAAGAUAAAUAUGUUGUAGAUCUAAUUUUACCAGAAGAAGGUGAAUAUGCAUUAAAAGUAUUUGCAUCAACACAGCGUGAAUUACCGAUACAAACAACGGAUUUGCUAACAUUUCUCAUCAAGUAUCAAGUUCCAUCCGGAAAACGAGCAAAGAACUCACCAUUUCCAAUCAUCGCAAGUGCUCAUCUUGGUAAAAAGAGUGGUUACACUGAGUUCGGAGUCAAGGCAUUGACAUAUCAAUGUGAUAAUGUCGACGUACUGGAAGGAGAGGGAAGUUUUGUGUUCAAAGCGGACGAAAAGGUGCAACUUCUCUGUGAACUAGCUUGUGCUACAAAAGAAGGUCAAAGCAGAUUAUCUGUACACACUAAGCAGGAAGGAGAUAGGUGGAUAUUUGUAGCAGACAUGCCGAUCGCCGGAGAGUACUCGCUUAAUAUCUUUGCAAUUGCGAAAAGCGAUCCAUUGACCCUCCAUGAAGUACAAACUUAUAGAGUGAAGUCAAAAGGACGACCAAUUAAAGAGGUCAAAUUCACUGAUGACUUUGGUCCAGAUGAUGUCGUCGUUGAAACAAUAAAGACAUCGGAAGACAAAAUUGUGAUAUCCGUGCCUAAUCCAGUAGAUGGAGAGGUACUCUAUGCAAACAUAUCCAGGAGAGAUGCAAAGAAAAACGAAGGUAUAAAUCUCGCAACGGUACUUAUACAGAGAGACAGUUUAGAAAUAAAUUUGAAAAGUGAUGGGGAAUAUUUACUAGAAAUAUACGAAAAGGAACAAGAAAACGUCGUUACCACAAUAGCGCGGUUCACGAUUAGCAAAAGUCCAUCAUUUAAGACAUAUACAAGUGAUAUAGAUGCUCUGGUAAAAAUGCUCAAACCGCAAGAAAAGACCCGUCAAUUCAAAAAUGCCCUUGAACAAAAAAGACAUAAAAAAGCAUUAGCAAAAAAGAAAAAACAAGAGGAGUUGCUUAAAAAGGAAAAAGAAGAGCAAAGACGAAAAGAGGAGGAGGAAAAGAAAAAACGCCAAAAAGAGAAACAAGGAAAAAAGCAUAAAACUCCCAAGUCUGAAGAUAACAAUGAAGAAGACAUAAACGUAGGAGAUCGUAGUAUUAGCCCAGAUACGUUAGCAGCGGCGUUAGAAAUAGCUAAAGCGGCAGAACAAGAAGAAAGGGAAAAGAAGAGGAAAACCACAGCUACACAUAAACACCAUACAGACUCAUCUAGUGGAAUAGAGCGGUCUGUAAGUAAUGUAAGUGCUGAAAGGUUGGCAGCUGCAGUUGCUUUAAUUACAACGUCCCAAAUAAAUGAAAACACACAUGAACAGGAUAGGGAUUCAGGAGUGAAUGAAAGGUUGGAUAAAGACGAUGGAACUAACCAUAAAACUAAUGAAAAUAGACAAAAUCUUGAUCGGCACACCUUGGAUGCUGCACUGUCUAUCAUUGCACUCGUCGAAUCUAAAUCUGACGAUAAAAAUACACCAAUUGUUGAUAGUGAAACAAUGACAGCAGCAAGAAACAUAAUAGCAUUGGCUGAAGAAGAAGGAAUGACAGGGGAUAUUCAGAAAGACUUUAAAAGAUCAUCAACAAAAAACAGUGAGCCACAAACUGAUAUUGAAGCAAUAACUACAGCAACUGCAAUCGUAAAAGCAGCAGGAACGAAUCAUGUGGGAGGAGUUGAAAAACAGGAUAAAAAUUCCGGAGAUUGGUCUCACAAAGAAAAAACAGUAAGUCAGGAGACAUUAGAUGCUGCAUUUGCUAUCGUGGCAGUAGCAAAACAAAACAUGAAACUGCGAUAUCCUGAUAAAAAAUCGCCAGGAAGAGAGGCAGAGGGUAACGACAUCUUACAGAAAUAUGGUUCUUCUGAAUCCAUGAGCUCAGAGGUGAUUGCCGCAGCACUUUCUAUUGUAGAGACAGUCCCAUCAAACCCGCAAAUUACAGACAGUGGAGUUGAAUUACACAGGACAAAAGUUAUGACAAACAGUGCAACUAGUGAAGAAAAUAUUGACCCGGAAACGUUAGCUGCUGCAGUUGCUUUGGUAGUGGCAUCGAAAAAACACGAUGAAACAAAAAAUAGGAAAAAACGAAAUAGCUCAAAAACAAAACCAAAACAACAGAAUACACACGCGUCAAGAAAAGCUACAAAAGCUGAUGCACAGACUGACAUGUAUUCGAAGGACUCAAUCGAAAAUUUAAAUUACACUAGCGAUGCAUCUGCUAUGACUACUCAAAGAGUAGAUCCCAAAGCGGUAGCUACAACCACCACAAUGCUAAAACCUUCUACAAAUGAACAACGCAUACCAAACGAUGGCACAAAUAAUUCUACUCAGAAAGACUCGAAAAAGAACACAAAAAAUGACCACGAAACAAAAACUAAUGGCAAUGCCGAUAACGAGACGAACUCAAGCAAUAUUAACAAUGAACCCAACAGCAUAGAAUCAGGUAAAGCAAAAUUAUCAUCAGAACGGAUAGAUCCUAGUACACUGGCAGCAGCAACUGCAAUUGUUAAAGCAGCAGGACGUAAACAAGGAACCUCCGAUCAGAAAGGGGAAUCGGAACACGACGUUCGAGAUAUUGAUCCUGAAACACUUAAAGCAGCAGCCGUCAUUGUUGCAGCUGCUUCGCGUGAUAUCAAGGGAAAUGAUAAAACGAUUUCAAGGGAUCGGAAGGACAGCAAUGAAAAGGCCUCCGAUAGCAAAAAUAAAAAGAAAAGCAAAAAUGACAAGAAACUUGAAGAAAGGCGUGACUUUACGAAGAUGGCUACAUUAAGUCCUGCUGCCCUAUCUGAGGCUUCUAAAACCAUUGCUGCUUCGAUAAGCAAAAUGGAUGUCACAAUGUCUAAAGCGGUGAAUAAUGGCGAAACCACAUCCAAUUUUCAAAAUGGCAAACCGAUGGGGACUUCAUCUGACAAAGAGAUGCAAAGAAGCUUUAGUCCAAAUACCGUUGCGGCAGCUCAUGCAAUCGUUGCUACCUCAAAGCGAAACAAUAGAAACCAAACUACUACAGCUAAAACUGGCACUUCUGGAACAUCAAAUAACACAGAUUCUAAUAGAGUACCUUUGAACCAAAACACGUGUGUAAGUCCAACUACCUUGGAUUCUGCUUUGUUGAUCAUUUCAUCAACUGAAAAUUAUUCAAACAUCGACAAUGAAAACGACAAUCCUACAACAGGUGAAAGAGCACUGAAGAAAGAAACACGGGAACCAUUGAAGAAAAAAGGAAAUAAGAAAGUAAAUGUUGUCUCAGGUAGAAUAAAUAUGAACGGCGCUAAAGGAAGGAAAGUUUCGACUACCACAACACCAAGAUUUAAUCAAAAUGGCAAAAAAGGACCAAUUCAACAUAAAGCAGUAAGCGAAGACAUUGACAUGAACGAUGGUGAUUAUCAUAGCGAGUCUACUAUUCAUUCCAGUGAUUUCGAUUCCUUGUCAGACAGCGAAUACGACAGCGAAGAGGAGAGAAUAGCGGAAGUAAGAGAAAGAAAAAAGAGUGUUGCACAAGCAAUGAAGAAAAAAGAUUUAAAGGACCUUGUAUAUCAACUGCAAGAAUUUAAGAAAACAAAGGACCCUCUGGAUACAGUACUGGUUGAAGAAGCUUCAAGAAUGGUUUCCCAGCUUCGAGCGAAAGAGGAUUUGAAAAUGGCAUGCAACAUUCGGGAGGUUCCUGCUUUAGAGAGGGCUAUCCGUAAAGCAAAGAAAGUAAACCAUGGCAAGGCGAUCGACAUCCAGAUAAUCUUAGCCUCUCAACUUCUCAAACGCCUAAAUCGCAUCGAGCGUUUGUCGCAGACUGUACUUCAAAUAAACCAGAACGCUCUGGUGGAAAUGAAGAAGUAUAUUACCCCACCACCCGGUGUUCACGAAUCAUUACAUGCCACUUUUCUUAUCUUAGGGGAAGAACCCACUUUGUUGAAGACUUGGAAAUCAUGCCAAUCACUUUUGUUUAAAACCGGAAAAGAAAAUAUAAUGAGACGCAUAUCCGGUUUUAAUCCGAAGCUCAUAUCCAAAGACGUCGCUGCUACUUCAAAAAGAAUCAUUGCACCAUACUCAGUGGUACAGAUCCGUGACGCCAGCCUCGGGGCUUCAGCGUUCUAUGUAUGGGCUAAGGGGAUGAUUGGCGAGAUAGAAACAAUGGGAAGGAGUGGUUCUAGGCCUGACAAGGCACGUUCAACUCAUCAGCUGCCUCCUCGCUCUGCUGUUCUACAGGAUGAUACCUUAGAUAGGUCGGACACAAUUGUCAUGAUGAUUUAG